AUGGAGAUCUCAGCAUUCUUUGCUACCCUACUGUUGCCUCUGUCCAAUGUUGAUGCUUCCUCUGUGAGAUGUAACCUGCGGGGUACAAUCCGUUCACCUGCAUUCUCGAUGGACGGUGAUUUUGUUAUAGGUGGUGUGUUCUCUAUUCACUAUAAUAUGUACACAGAGAUUCAAAGUCAUGACACAAUACCUGAGCCACCAAAGUGCAUGGGAAGCAUACAUGCUCGUAAUCUGCGCUUCUCCCGUGCAAUGAUCUUUGCCAUUGAAGAGAUUAACAACAGCACAGAGCUGCUGCCUGGGAUCAAGCUCGGUUAUCAAAUCCACGACUCAUGCGCUGUAGUGCCUGUGGCCAUGCAAGCUGCUUUUCAACUAACAAACGGGCAGGACAAUGUCUUCUACAAAGAUAAGAAUUGCUCCCACUCUGGCAUGAUGGCUGGUGUUGUUGGUGAGUCUGGAUCCACACCAUCCAUCAGCAUUUCUCGGAUUAUUGGAUCCUUUGACAUUCCCCAAGUCAGCCAUUUCUCUACUUGUGCUUGUCUGUCUGAUAAGAAGCAGUUCCCAAACUUUUUCAGAACAAUUCCCAGUGAUGCUUUCCAAGCUGUAGCUCUGGCAAAGCUGGUGAAACAUUUUGGCUGGACGUGGAUAGGCGCUAUCUGCUCUGAUUCAGACUAUGGUAAUAACGGGAUGGCCUCUUUUCUUCAAGCAGCUGAAAAAGAAGGGAUUUGUGUGGAGUUUUCUGAAGCUUUUCAUCGGACUCAGACUCAUAAAAUCAAGAUGGUGGCAGAUGUUAUUCGCAGGUAAGGUGUUCCACAGAAAAUUUGCACAUUCUGUCUUUUAUGUCUAUAUUUCCUAUCAGUU